CUGUGUCAGGAAACCUAUGACAUUCAAGAAAGAAUUUCCCAUCAAGGACCAAUCCAACAUGAAGCUGAUCAAUAUAGAUGGCGGCGAUAAUUUGGUCAUAGGAUCAAAACCAACUCAAACUGUAGCACAGCCUAACAGUAGUUAUAUAUGUACCAAGUUUGGAUAUGAUCAGAUAUCGUACGAGAAAAGCAAUCACAAAACAGUUGUGAAAAAAGCAGGGAUAGAUGAUGACAGUUAUUUUGUGCUAAUAACUAGAGCUGUUUGGCUGUGUAAGGAAGAUGUUGUAAUAGAAGAAACAUCACAGCUGUCACAUUUCGUGAGAGUCGAGAACGAUCUGAUUAGCAUCAAGCCAAUUGCCGCCGUCGAAUUCUACGAUGGUGUAUUCGUGAGUGCCACCAGAUACGUUGGCCAGAGAUAUGCUGUCAAAAUAAAAGAAAUAAAGUAUUUACAGUCUACUUCCACAGAUCUAAACAAAUAUGAAACAGCUCCAAUGAAUGUUGUCCAGUAUGAUGGGUUGAUAGCAUUUGAAAAAGCUCUGUUUCCCCCAUAUCAACCGGGUCUUCCACGCAAACUGCUGCACUAUGAUUUCAAACCCGUGCCAAAAAAAUACGAUGGUAAAUGCAGGUAUGAUAUACCUAAAAGAGGAGAAGCUAAGGAUUUCAACCUACAUAACAACUCUGGUCGAGCGUUUGCGAUUGGUACUCAGCAAAAAGAAGAAUUAAUAUUCCCGCCAUCUGACUACUCUCCCUGCCCCAAAUGUUUCACAAUCAAUCCUGGCACACCCUACCAUAGUUUAUACAGAACUGAAGUCAUUGAAAUUGUAGACAGUGGAUUCGAGGCAAUUAUGAACGAUGAGGAAUUUUCGAAAGUGUUUGUCAUAGCAUCUAGGACAGUGCAUGUCUGUUACCUCCCAAAUUCCUCUGUCAUAUGGUAUCCUACACUGGGCUGGAAGUAG